UACCGCGCCCGUUCCUAACUGAGCGCGUAGACCAAGCUUAUCACGUGAAAAUCUAAGCGAAAAAUUUGUUGCCUGUGCCCUGAGAGGAUUUACACGGUUGAAAGAAGCCCUGACAGAGAAAUUAACAUUGUUGUUAAGUUUGCACCGACAGUUAUUGACGCGUGCAGCACAUUAAAUCUCCCGCGUAAUUCUAAUUGUAUACAAAGUAAUUAGUGCAAAACGGUGACAAAAUUACAAACCAGUGAGCUUCACUUCGAUGCGGGAGUAACAUACGAACACAGGAGCAGUUUCCACUCGAGUUAAACUCGGUUGAUUCACCAAACUAAGAUUGCUCCGAGUGUUCAGUACCAUAGUUUGCAAUCGAAGUUAAUCAACGAAGCUGACACCCAACAGACGGGUAAACUUGAAUUAAACGCAGUCGAGAAGGGAUAAAAAUUUGUGGUUAUGAGGUACAUUUGGCGAAAAAGUGCUAUAGCCCUGAUUGUGAUAACAACAAGUCUAGUCGUUCACGGAGGAAGAAACCAAGGAAACAGCGAAUUGGAAAGAGAUGCAUCUUGGUUAGAUCUAAACGAAGACUUCAAUGAUCCGCACACGGACCACCGGAGUUCAAAACAAAGUUCUGCCCGCCAGAAGACGAGUGGAGAUGACAAUUCCGUCGACAAAAGGGAUCGUGCACCUCCGAAAAGUCCUAAAUAUUCAAGUUUGUCAGCGAAGGCAGUACUUGAAAGAGCUGAGUCAGUUUUAGAAGCUAUCAAUGAGAAAGGAUGCCCAACAGCUGAAGAGAACCUUUUCAACGUUACUAUUUAUACCGCUGACUUAAGGUUGGCAGCAACCACGUCUCAAGUGUACAUCAAUAUCUAUGGAAUGGUUUAUGGCGUGGAAGAGAGCACGUCAAAAAUUCAUCUUACUAACCAUAACAUGAAGGAAUUUACAAGAGGACGAGUGGAUUCAUUCCUUCUAAAGACGAAAUUUGUUGGUUUGGUUGAGAGAAUCACGAUUGAGCAUGACAAUACAGGUGUGCUACCAGAUUGGAACUUGGACAAGGUGGUGGUACACGAUUUAAAACUUGGUACGAUCCAGACGUUCAUUUGCUAUUGUGAAUUGGCAGGAUACGAAAAUGAAGUCAGCUUACCACCAAUAUAAAACAACACUCACAGCGGUUUUACCUGUUUGAGUUU